CAAGUAGGUCACAUUGAUGUGUGAAAUUGCUCUCAGUCUGUGCGCGUGUGUGUGCGCGUGUGAGUUUUUGGUGUUUCUGUACGCUCGUGGGUCAGGUUUUUUCGUCCUCUCAUGUUCCUCUGCGUGUGUCCUCGUGGCCCCAGAGAGAGUUGAAUCAUUAGGCCGCCUGCAAGUCACUUAGCUCGACUCGGAUGUAAUUCUAAGGCCUUAGGUCAGGUGCAUUCAUCACAUUCAUGUUUUGCAGUCGUAUCACACAGAGCACGGGAUAGAUAGAUGAGCGUAAUUUAAUAACACAGGGGUUUUGGAAAAUGCAUGAAAACCUCUGAAUGUGUCCUGCUGAAAGGAGGAGAAAAGGAAUAAACACAGCACACUAAAGCCCGUCACUAUUUUUGGACCUCAGAGUCGACGAAUGAACACCCAUGAACCCUUUUGGGCAGAGUGAGGAGUCCUUCAACCUGAAAAUCCUUGAGCACCACAGGGAGAAUUUACGUGCACAAGCAGACUCUCUCUCAACCUCUCACAGUUUAACUUUUUUUUUUUCCCCCACUAGCUUUAUUUUGGUUGACUGAAUCCACCACUGCUGUCCCCCUCUUUAACCUACAGCUCACAGAACAUCAGGCUUAUUAAUAACUCAUCGAACUGCAGCGUCUCUGUGACAAACAAGAUUAUGAUGAACUUUUGUAGGACGGCUUCCAUUAGGGCGGGUGAAGCAAGGUUCAUUUUCUUUUUUAAUUUCAUUAUCGUGUACUUUUGUCCUCUUGGUUUGUGAGCGCCUCUCCUCUCUGACAGUAAAUGCGAACGAGAGGUAAAUCCAAUCCCGGCAUGCUGACCUCUUUUUCUAUUUGGUCACAAAUACUCUUUAAAUCCCAUCUAAAUCACAUUUGUCCUGUCACUACAACUGUAACGAGGCAUGCCUGUAGAUUACAAACUCUUCAGAAUGCAGCAGUACAUCUUUGAACUGCUACUAAAGAGCGUGAACACACAGCUUCCAUUCUAGAAACAUCUCCAUUAGCUUCCUAAUCUAAUUUGCAGCAAUCUUUAACAGCUAAUCACUUACCUUUGCAGAUUUAGAUUCAAUUAAAAGAAUUAUCUCGGUUAUGUAAUCUCACCAUCGACACACUUUUAAGAGCACUACAGUAACACCACACACAGCUGAAUACUGGCGAGACAAAAAUAGACCCCAUGGUUUCGAUUUAAUUUUGCAACAACAAAGUAAAUCUGAAAGAAAAAACAAAAAAUCUUCCACGCAAACAGCUGCUCUCAGAAGACACGUGUGAUUAUUAAACAGUGGACUUGUGUGUAAUUUAAUCUCAGCAACAAAAAAAAAAAUUCACCUGCAGUUUGUUACAGAACAAGAUCAAUGCAGUAGACAGGCCAGGAAUAAAGUUGCAAAAAUCUAAAACAGAGGUGAUCAAACAUCCCGAGCUUCAAGCAUCCCAAGGAGCAUCGCUUUAACUUUUCAAGACUUGAUCAUCAAACUUAAUCUGACCGGUUGUGUGAAGAGAGAGGAUUAAAUGGCGAUUCUACCAGGAGGAACACACCAGCUGUGACUUGUUGGAGACAUCUUCUUAAAAGUGGGUGGAUCAAAUCCAAAAUAUCGACGAUAUCGAUACCAAGUCGGUGUCCGUAUUAGAUCAAUAUUAGCAUGAUAAUAUCGAAUCUUUUUUUUUCUGUUGUAGUUUCUCUCAGAGCUUUUAAAAUAGUUUUUAUUUGAUCUCAAAUGAAAUUUUUUAGCACCUUAUUUAGGAACAAAUGCACACAAAUUUGUUCUGUCUCUUUCUGUUUGUUUGUCAUGUCAAGAUGUUAAUAAAAUAUGCUGUAAACACCAAUGAACGUAAUCCAAAUUGUAAUCAUUUUGUUAAAAUCCAAGUUUCAACAAGAUGAAAGGAAGAACCCAAAUGACAGAAGUUUGAGAAUAUAUAAAACUUAACUAACAAAACGUAUCGGUAUCGUAUUAUCGUAUCGGAUCUAUCCAAUUACAUGGCAUUGGAUGCCAAUUAUAUGGUGUUUUGCACACCUUUAACGUCCACAGCUCGGGUGGCUGAAUCUAUUGUGUGCACUCAAGAAGUUUUACUUUUAAUAAAGGGUUGUAAAAAAAAAAAGCUCUAUGUUCUUGACAGAACGUCAUAAGAAGUCGUAGUUUAUUGUUUCCUGUAAGUCAUGAAUAUUCAAAAAACAUGAACAAAAAGGUCUUCGGGUCAGAUGAGAAUAAACUGAAUUUUUUUGGCUACACUGUGGAAUUAAACUAACACUGAAUGUCCCAGUGGAAACACUGUCCAGCUGGGGCAGCUGAAUGUUUUAGAUCCAUAUCCACACAGUCUAGAUUUUAAUCUAAUUUAAAACUAAAAACAAAGAAAACAAUAUUUACAUAUGCGCUUUUUGUAAUCAGAAUGAAUUUCAGCUAUUUUGCAAAGAAGACUGGGUAAAAUUUGAAUACUGUUGAGCAUUCCUCUUCCCUUUCUUGUACCUUGCAUUGUUCUUUUUUUUAAAUAAAAUCACCAAAAAAAAAAAAAAAAAAUAGAUUUGUGAGCGUUCACGUGGACUAAAAGGGCAAAAUGUUGGUCACCUUGCAUACAAAUUUAAACUCAUUUUUAAGAAUCGCCCAUGUUUCUCUUUCAUUAGUAUGCAGAUGUAGCGAAAUGCCUCUCAGCCAGCUUGCGGCGUCAGUAUUGGACUGACCCGAGAACAGACUCCUGCCAUAAAUGAAACAGCUGUCUAAUGCACCUGCUCCACGCUGGUAGUGGAGCCGCGUUAGGCUCCCUCCCCAAAAGACUGCAGUGAUAGGAAACGGUGAUGACGACAGCGCGUAAAUCGGCCGCUGGAAACCAGAGAGAUGCUCCGGUUACGCUGUGUGUGCGGUGAAGACAAGUGCCUGCCUGCCCGCCUUCCUUCCUUCCUGCCAGCCGACACGGUAAAACCAGCGGAACUCCACAUCCAGAGGACGGGGAGAGGUUUGGGUAGGCGCGCGUCCCCGGAUGGAUCGCAAGUGGGGAUGGUGCGCUUUCUGAUUUUCUGAUCUUCCUCCCACCACUGUGAUUUUAAAAAAAAAUUAUAUAUAUUUUUUUUAAACAAGCUGCAAGUCAAACUUUACAAGCUGACCUGUCUGUUUUUAACAGUCAAAACUAAAAUCAACCGAGAAAAAAAAAAGGGGGGGGGGGGGGGAAAUGUCAACGACGCACGAGAGCUCCCCUGCGCCCAACCAGAGCCACCUCUCCACGGCAAGCUCGGACAAAGCGGACCCCUCCGGCAUGGAGAGACGGAUCCAGAUUCUCCUCUUCGGCUUGUGCGUAACCAUCGCCGCCGCCACCUUAGUUGGAGGCGUGUAUUCGCUCCUUUCGCUCCUCCGGAUGAGGAGGAAAACCUCGCUGUGUGUCAUAGUGGCUUCCAUGUCGGUGGACGACCUGCUGAGCGUGGUCCCCCUCUCCCUCUUCAUGCUCCUGCAGUGGGAGACCCGGCGGGGUGAGGGGUCCGGCGGUCUGUGCACUCUGUCCGGACUUCUUUACGUGUUCCAGGGGGUUUCCAGCAACAUGAAGGCGUGCCUCAUAGCAGCCUAUACUUUUUAUGUCACCAAGAGAUUCGGGGUGCUCCAGUCCGUCCGCCGGCCGCUGAGAGUCAUGUGGGCUAUCGGCGGCGUGUGGGCGGUGAGCCUGACCGUGAGCGUGCUACCUUUGUGCGGAUGGGGCAGCUUCGCGCGGGCCUCUCUCGGCUGUUUCCCGAAGAGCGACAGCUUUUACACCCUGCUGCUCUUCUCGUUGUAUCUCCUGUGCUUCUGUGGCUUUCUGGGUUUCUUCAUUCCCCUCACGUAUCAGCUGCUGUGCUCCAGAGAGCCCCAGAGGACGUUACUCUACCCGAGCUACCUGGACAUGGCGAGGGGACUGAGCGGCUCCGCUCACCUCUGUGAGCUCCCGUCGUCGUUCUCCCGGGACAGUCUGGACAGAAGUUUCGGAGCGUACAACGAGCUGAGCCCGAGUUCUUGCGGGACGGGGGUGAGGGAGAAGGAGGACAGCGGCCUUUCCCCUGUGUCCGCCGGCGGGCGUACGGGGGCUUCCGUCGGAGAUACACCUGUUGUGCUCGCGCAGAAGCGCUUCUCCAUGAUUCUGGCGGUUCUUCGAGUCAUUUUAUGGAUGCCGAUGAUGACUUUGGUCCUCAUACGGCAUGCGGUGAACGCGCGCAGCUCUUCUCUGGAGACCCUGAGCUUCUUUCUCACUCUGCUUGCACCUGCGGUCACUCCCCUGUUUGUGCUGUCGGAGCGCUGGAUCCAUAUGCCGUGUGGCUGCUUCAUUAACUGCAAGCGGGCACAGGAGCCUUCAGAGAUGAAAAGAAGAUUUGAGUUCAGCCUUUCCUUUCAGCAAGGGUACGGAGUCUAUAAGCUGUCACAUGCCACCAAGUCUCUAAGCAGCCCUCCUAUAGAAAAACCCACUUAUCACAGCUUUUUUAACUGUGACUUCCCAAAUGCACGCCUCGACGCGCUGGAACCCGGCGGGCUCUCGGGAUUGGGCCCCACUUUUGAUUUCAGCACCUCGCUGCCGGCGGACAGCUCGUCUCACGCCGGUCUCUUCUUGGAGGCCGGCGUAGGGGGCCCGCUGGCUGAUCAUCCUGCUCUCCCCCACGUCAACCACAGGGACGAUGAGGAAUUCCACUGCGUCCCCUCGCUGCCUUCCCACCUGCGGGAAAAGGAUCACGCUCUGAACGACUCGUCGUCAGUUUUCGACGGACCGGAGAGGAGGCUCUCGCACGAGGAGUGCAGGAAAAUCGAGCUGACGGACUGGGAGUGGUGCCGAAGUAAAUCAGAGAGAACGCCCAGACAGAGGUCCUCAGGUGGUCUUUCUAUACCUCUAUGCGCCUUUCAGGGCACCGUGUCUCUCCAAGCACCCACAGGCAAGACGCUCUCUCUUUCCACCUAUGAGGUCAGCAGCGACGGCCUCAAGAUCUCCCCGAACAACGCCAAAAAGGUGGAAGUGUAUCGCUCCAAGUCCGUCGGCCACGAACCCAGCGCAGACGACCCAGCGUCUGGGUCCCACGCCGAGGACACGAACGUCAGCUGCGUCGGCAUGGAGAUCGGCAUGGGGAUGGGCAUGGGAGCCGUGGUGGGAGACACCAACGUUAAAAUCCACCUGGAGGUUUUGGAAAUCUGCGACAACGAGGAGGCCAUGGACAGCGUCUCCAUCGUCUCCAACAUCAGCCAGUCCUCGACGCACGCCCGCUCGCCGUCGCUGCGCUACUCCCGGCGGGAGAACCGCUUCGUUUCGUGCGACCUGGCCGAGACCGCGUCCUACUCCCUGCUCAUCCCCAGCGGUGGCAACGCCGAGGCAGAGACCAUAAAUAUCACUAUUCCUGACACAGUGGAAGCCCACCGGCAGAAUAGCCGACGGCAGACGCAGGAGAGCUCAGGGUAUCAUGAGGAUAUUCAGCUACUUAAUGAGGCUUACAGAAAGCAGGCAGGCGAGGGGGAAGAGUGAGAUAUGUACACAAUAACAAAGGAGGGGCCUCUCAGGGGGAGGCUGAAACAGCAACUCAGGCAGUAAAGUCAUGAAGACAAAUAUCCUAAUCAUUUCACAUCUUUUUUUGUUUCUUUACGAUCACAGCUUUAACAGAGCUAAGAGGUGAUGUGAACAGAGACUCAUAGAGUUAUAAUAGCCUCUUUGCUUACUCCUGUGUUUCUUCUUCAGGUAAAAUGAGGUGAAAGCACAUACAUAUUUUAUGUGUAAACUAAAUGGAGAAACAUAAGCCUGCAAGAAAAGACAUUUUAGAAGUAUUAUACAGUUCAAACUUUUUCACAUUUUCUCUAAAACCACAUCUCUCCCUAGUGGCAAACCGUAUUAUGACUUUAAAAAUGACUUUCAAAUUUCAAGACAGAAUCUGAAACUUAAGUAUCAAUGUUAUCAUGUCAGUAUCGAUCUGAUACUGAUACAGACAUGAUAUCGAUAUUAUCCAUAUUUUGGAAUGACCCGCCCACCUCUGCUGUAGAUUUUCAAACAGAAUGCAUUCUUUUCCUUCUUCAAACUACUCAACACUUUUUUAUGGUCUACAACCACAAGCCACCAGAAAAGAUACUAAAGUCAGUGGUUGUGACACGACAAAUUGUGGAAAGGUUAUGUAGGUAUGGACACUUUUCCAAGGCACUGAAGUGUGGUGACGUCUUAGAUGAUAUAGAAAGACAGACCAGAAUAGGCACCAGAAUCAUCAGUAUUUCAUCUUAUAUAUAUAUAUAUAUAUAUUUUUUUUUUUUUGCUAUGUGGCAGACUGUCACCGUGAAAUAGAUUCAGCAGCAGGAGAGAAAAAAAAACAUCACUCAGAAAAGCUGAAGUCUGAUCACACAUCUCAUUUAAAAACAGCUCACGUGGCCUACAUCACCGGUGACUCAGCGGUGAGGGGAGGGCCCACC